UGAUCAGAAGCUGGCAGAAACCCAAGUGCUCGUUUUUUUCUUCCAUAUUUGCCUCUUCAAUCGAAUCGAAACCAUUUGAGAUCGAACUCGUAUUCGAUUCCCUCUUUUCAGUUUCAAAGACGCAACAGAGAGGCAGGCGCAAGAGUUUUGCACACAUCGAAAACCCCAAAAUCCCCCACAAACAAAGGGUUUAAGCAAAAAAAAAGAAAAAAAAAACCCUUGGGAGCUCAUAUGCCCAAAUGCCCAUUCCCACUCCGCAUAAUCACCCACUUCCUCAACCAAAGUCGAAUCCUUUCGACCAACCCACCCAAGCUCUCAACUUCAACAUCACUUUCCCCGAACCAAUCCAUGGAAUCCGAACCGGAGGAAGAACCUCCAAUAAUCUCGGAGAAGAUGUUCAAAUCCGCUCCCAAAAUGGGCUCUUUCAAGCGAGGCGACCCAACUCUCUCCUUGAGGAUCGAGAAAUGCGCCGGUUCAGGUGAUUUAGCCUCCAUAGAGAAUCUCUUAACUCUGAUUAGAUCAGAGAACAGAGCCCUCAGAGAGCACACCUUCAUAGUCAUAUUCAGAGCCUACGGGAGAGCGCAUUUGCCCGAGAAAGCCGUAGACUUGUUCCGCAGAAUGGUCGACGAGUUUCACUGCAAACGCACCGUCAAGUCAUUUAACUCCGUCCUCAACGUCGUUAUCAAAGAAGGUCUCUACCGCCGCGGGUUGGAGUUUCAUGACGACGCUGUGAGCUCCAACAUUACCCCUAAUGGAUUGAGUUUCAAUCUGGUCAUCAAGGCUCUGUGCAAGCUGGGGUUAGUGGACCGAGCCGUUGAGGUCUUCAGGGAGAUGCCUGAGAGGAAGUGUCCACCUGAUGUGUAUACUUAUUGUACGUUGAUGGAUGGGUUGUGCAAAGAGGAGAGGAUCGAUGAGGCGGUUUUGUUGUUGGACGAGAUGCAGAGCGAAGGUAUCUCGCCGAGUUCUGUGACUUAUAACGUGUUGAUUAAUGGGUUGUGUAAGAGAGGGGAUUUGAGUCGUGUGACGAAGCUUGUGGAUAAUAUGUUUCUCAAGGGGUGUGUUCCUAACGAGGUGACUUAUAACACGCUUAUUAACGGUUUGUGUCUCAAGGGGAAGUUGGAUAAAGCUGUUAGUCUCUUGGAGCGGAUGGUGUCGAGCAAAUGUGUUCCGAACGAUGUCACGUAUGGGACACUUGUUAAAGGGUUGGUUAAGCAGAGAGGAACUGUGGACGCGGUUAGGUUGCUGGUCUCUAUGGAGGAAAGAGGGUAUCGUUUGAACCAGCAUGUUUAUUCGGUUCUUAUAAGCGGUUUGUUUAAAGAAGGAAAAGCUGAGGAGGCUAUGGAGUUGUGGAAGAAGAUGAUGGGAGAGAAAGAUUGUGAACCGAAUAUCGUCGUGUACAGUGCGCUUGUAGAUGGUUUGUGCCGCGAAGGGAAACCAGAGGAAGCUAAAGAGAUAGUCAACGGAAUGAUAAGUAAUGGCUGCAUGCCUAAUGCGUAUACGUAUAGCUCUUUGAUGAGAGGGUUCUUUAGAGCAGGUCUUAGCGAAGAAGCGAUGAAAGUGUGGGGAGAGAUGGAUGAAACGGGAUGCUCUCGAAACGAGGUUUGUUAUAGUGUUCUAAUCGAUGGUCUCUGUGGGGUUGGGAAGGUGAAUGAGGCGAUGACUGUUUGGUCAGAGAUGCUCGCUACCGGGGUCAAGCCUGAUACGGUAGCUUAUAGCUCGAUGAUUAAAGGUCUCUGUGGUGUUGGCUCUGUUGAUGCGGCGUUAAGACUUUACCAUGAGAUGAUAUGCCAAGAGGAACCUGAGUCACAGCCUGAUGUUGUUACUUACAAUAUACUUUUAGAUGGUUUAUGCGUGCAGAGGGAUGUUUCUAGAGCGGUUGAUCUCCUGAACUGUAUGUUAGAUAGAGGUUGUGACCCGGAUGUGAUCACCUGUAACGUAUUUUUGAAGAGUUUGAGGGAGAAGUCGGAGGAUUCUUGUGAAGAAGGGAAGGGGUUUCUGGAGGAGCUUGUCGUGAGGCUGUUAAAGCGGCAGAGAGUAUCAGGGGCUUGUAAGAUUGUGGAAGUGAUGCUGAGUAAGUAUAUGGCACCGAAAGGUUCGACUUGGGGGAUGAUUGUUCCGGAGAUUUGUAAACCGAAGAAGAUCAAUGCCGCUAUUGAUAAAUGUUGGAGGAACCUCUGUGCUUUGAAAUAGUACUGAGGGGAUCUUUGUUGACAGAUUGCAUCUUCCUCAAAAAGACUUCAUGCUUGUGAACAAACCUUUCGUUAGUUUUGUUUGUUGUGUUUCUUGUAACUUUUAGUGGCUUUGUUGAAAACAGUUAUUAGGUUCAUACUACCAUCAAAAGAAAAGGUAGAAAUGUUCAUACA